CCUUACAAAAAUGGUCGCCAGCGUUAAUACGACAUUCGUCUGUGUAUUUUAAGGGCGAUCCGCAAUGCCCGCAUAUUUUCCUUAAUGUUGAUUCGCAUUAAGCGAAAAUGAUAUCAGUAUAUCACGAGCUGUGGGCAUAGGUCUCCACGCUCUUUUCUACCGGCCGUUUGGAUUUGUUCAAGUUACAAACGAGUUUAAAUGUUUGUCAAUAAUUUUUAUCUUGUGUCGUACUCUUGAAUUUUUGUGUCAGUGGAGAGAACAUAUUGUGAAUGUCGGAUUAGCGCAGUCAUAAACUGCACAUUUAAUAUUAUUUGAUGCAGUCUCGUGGUAGCUUGUGGUGAUUUGUGAAUGAAAACCGUGUGUCUGCAGAAUGGCUGUCAGCGCGUCCUUUUAUCGAAAUGUCUUUUUAUUGAAUCAAUUGGUUCCGCCGGAUCACGACUUUAAGAAAAUCUUUCGCGAAGGAAUGUUCGAUAAACCAAAUACUACGGGAUUUAUAUACGUUUCGCACUAUUUGCUGACGAUAUAUGACGCCGAGCGUUUUAAGAAGCUAGUCGAGUGGCCAGUAAUUUGCAAGAAGACUGAGACAAAAUAUCGUAAUAGUGUCAAAGACUAUUUGAAUGUUAUCGCAUUAGAAAAUCCUGACAUGGGAUUCCCACGUGUAGUCACUACGUACUUACAUCAUGCAAGUGGCACUAAGUUUAUGAUUAUAAUGUGGAAGCUGUCUCAACUUGUACUAAGAAUGUAUAUUACACGUGACGGUGAACAUAAAGUUGUAUUUAUGCCAAAGUCAGGUCUUGCAAGUGAUCUAAUUAAAACAUAUCUACAACAGUCCAAAGCAAAUGUCACUUGUGAUUUGACGAGUCGUCACAGAAAUUGCAUACAAAUGGAAAAAGCUGCAAAUUUUGCAUUAACAGAGGAGAGAGAACAUCUAGCUAAAAUUAAGGCAGAAUUGUUUGACAAGAAACAGUCUCUUGCAAAGUGCGCAUCUGCAGCUCCUGUUGCUCAUUCUAUAAAGCAAUAUUUAACAAAUGUCGAAGAUGCAACAAUCAUAUUGAUGUGGAAAAAUAGUUUAAAUAAAAAUAUACAAUACAUACGAAAACAAAACGAUAUAUUGAGUAACGUGGAAAGUGAGUGUAAAAACACAAGUAGUAUAAUAACAAAUCUGUUGAACGAUGUAAAAGGCCUGGAUAGCAAGCAGCUAGAAAAAAUCAAUUGUUCUUUGAUAUCGGAAUUAUCAUUUCCAUGUGAUGUACAGCAUUGUCUCCAUCAUUUAUAUAAUGAUAAUAAAUUGGUAUAUCACAAUUUCAUGCGUUUGCUCACUUUGAUACUGUAUAAAAUAUUUCAAUGCCUGAAAAAGGAAAAUUUAGUAGAUUUAUCGCAGUGUCUCUUGCAAGUGAAAGCAAGUGCAGAAGAUAUGAAAUCAAUGUGCAAUGUAUUAAAAACUUUUUUGGCAAGCUUGAUAAAUUCCAUGGCGGAAACACAAAGUGUUUUGUGUAUAAAAAAUAUCGAGCGGACCAUAUCCGAGGAAGAUUUAUUACCCUUUGUAAAAAGUGUGCUCCUUAUGCCCUCACCUCUUAUUAAAAUUAAUACUAAUUGUGCGGAUGAAAGAAACAAUACACAAUUAUUGCAGUUUACUCCGAGUGAAAUUACACAUAAAUCAUUAUUUUCGAGAUACAUACGGCACAAUCAAAAUUACACGCCAGAUUUGAAAACGAAUUUAUUCGUAUCGCGUAUUAAUAUGGACAGUACUAUAUUAUUAGACAGUAAUGAAAAACAAGGAUUGAAUAUGACACGUUUCAUGACACCCAAGGUGAAACAAUUAUGUAAAAAACCAACAGGAAAAUACUCCCGGUUAUUUUCUUCAAGCAUGAAUAGAAACAUAAAAGCUAAUUGUAGCAUGAUGUCUCUGCCAUCUACCGCGCAAGCCAAUUCUUCUGUCAUUGCAAAUACAAUAGAGGAAAUACCCAGUUCAUCGGAUUUUAAUUUAGACACCAUAGCAAAGGGUUUUUUCAAUUGGAGUGAAGAAUCUUUCAAAGUUUCAUCUUCGUCUAUAAAAAUCACUCCGAAAAAACGAAAUAUUUCACAAGUUAUAUCUCAAACGAAAGAUAAAGUCGAUCGCGAGAUUAAAAUAAAUAAACCGGAAUUAGAUGAAUUUACAGAGGUACAGUUUAUAAAUAAUGAGAACAAGAGCACAGUUGUAAAACAUGAAAGUAAUUCGAAAAGGCGGUCUAUUAGUGACUUGGUAGAACGUUAUAAGAAGUUGCUGGAAGCCAGCAAUUCCAUUACAUCAGAGUUAGAAAAUAAGUGCAUAGAACAUGAAAUUGAAUAACAAAAAGCAAAAAACAAAAACACUUCUAUCUGUAAAUUUUUCGAAGUGAAAGGUUUAUCAAUGACUUCUAUUAUUAAAAAAAUACUAGUUAAGAGAGUUUACUUGAUUUAUUAGUUUUUCAUUAAAAUGUAUGAAUAACAAAUGUAAAAUUUUAUAUUUAACGCACAAUAUUCCAUAUGAAUAAUUCAGUAUAUUUAUAUGAAGAUGUGUGAUAUGUUUUGUUUCUUUUAAAAAUAGCUUGUUUUAGAACAAGAUUGUAAUAAGAAAUAAUAUAAAAUAUUAACAAGUACGUUUUCUUACAGAUCUGCGACAGACGGAUAAUUUGCAUAAAGAAAGAUUUUAAUAUAUUUAGGCGCUAAAAUAGCAUAAAUCUUCUUGAAAAGAAAGAAAGGAAUAGACACGAGUUGGUACUAACAUUUUUCUAUUUCGUGUAGUGAAACUUAAUGUAUAUUUUUUUAUAACAUAUUUAUAUGCAUUUAUAUAUUAUCUAGUUGUAGUCAUGAAAACAUACAUAUGUAUCAGUGUUACAAACUAACAUUGUUACGAAGUAAUUUUGUAUAAAAUUUUAAAAAAUGGU